GGCCGGGCAUGCGGCGGCGGCGGCGGGGCCGGGGCCGCCCGGGGCCGGCAAUGUGUGCAGAGUGAAGCAGCUCCCGGAGCAGGGCCAGGCUCCAGCAUGGGCAGCUCGGACACGGAGCGGAGCGCGUCCUACGAGGACGAGGCCGGGGGGCUCGGGGGGGUGGUCAGCACCAUCUCCAGCAGCAGGAGCCCCCUGCAGCCCCCCGCCGCCGACGACGGGGAGCCCUUCAGCACCUACUUCGACAGCAAGAUCCCCAUCCCCGAGGAUGAGACGGUGAGCCCUGGAGAACCCCGAGCCAGGCAGCUCCACCCCAAAAAAACCCAAAACAAAAGGGAUGUGGAGCUGUGGGUGGGCGCUGACCCCGCUGUCACCCGCAGGAUCCCUCUCUGGGGGGGAGUGCUCAUCACCAUCGCCGACACCUUCGUGUUCCUCUUCCUGGACAAAUACGGCCUGAGGAAGCUCGAGGCGUUUUUCGGGCUCCUCAUCACCGUCAUGGCCCUGACCUUUGGAUAUGAGUACAUCACGGUGAAGCCCAGCCAGGAGAAGCUGCUGCAGGGACUCUUCAUCCCCUACUGCCAGGACUGCGGCACGCCGCAGCUGGAGCAGGCCGUGGGCAUCGUGGGCGCCGUCAUCAUGCCCCACAACAUGUACCUGCACUCCGCCCUGGUCAAGGUGAGCCAGGGGGGCACCCCGGGCUCGGGAAACGCACCCGGAGGAGCCCCGGUGGGUGGCUGGGCUUGGAAAGGUGGGUGGCUGCUUGUCGCUGUCGAGGCAGGGCGGGAACGAGGAGACGUGACUCAGGAGGCUGCUGAGGGUAAAAUUCCCAUUUGUUCAAAAUGCAUCACUCAUUUAUACGUCUGUGCCAACGCCAGCAGCCCCCACACCGAGCUCUUCCCCAGCGACAACGGCACGCUGGAGGUGGACAUCUACAAGGGGGGCGCGGUGCUGGGCUGCUCCUUCGGCCCCGCCGCCCUCUACAUCUGGGCCAUCGGCAUCCUGGCGGCCGGGCAGAGCUCCACCAUGACGGGCACCUACUCGGGCCAGUUCGUCAUGGAGGGCUUCCUGCAGCUGCGCUGGUCGCGCUUCGCGCGGGUGCUGCUGACGCGCUCCAUCGCCGUCACGCCCACGCUCUUCGUGGCCAUCUUCCAGGACGUGGAGCACCUGACGGGCAUGAACGACUUCCUCAACGUGCUCAUGAGCCUGCAGCUCCCGUUCGCGCUGAUCCCGGUGCUCACCUUCACCAGCCUGCCCAGCGUCAUGAGCGACUUCGCCAACGGCCUGUGA